ACCCGCUCACGUCUCUUCCCCGCCGCGAGCCUACUACUCCCCAGUCCCCGCGGCCGCCGCCGCCGCCUACUCGCUUCCCGCCGGCCCCCGCGGAGUCGCCCUCCUCGUCUCUCGUCGGAUCCUCCGAAUCCCAGCGCGUCCACCCCUCGUCCACGGGUCGCGCUCUCGUCGUACGUCUCUCCUCCCCCCCGCGCCGAUUCCCACCAGAAACCCCUAAGCCCCCGAGCGACCCGCGUCGCCUCCCGCCAUGCAUCUAACCCUCGAAUUCGGGGGCGGGCUGGAGCUGCUCCUGGAGAAGUCCACCAAGGUCCACAAGGUGGACGUCCAGCCCAACGGCGGCGAAGGGAAGGUUAUGAUGAAAGGAUUGCUGUCUUGGGUGAAGUCCAAUUUGAUCAAGGAGAGGCCCGAGAUGUUCCUCAAGGGGGCUUCAGUAAGGCCUGGGGUUCUUGUACUUAUAAACGAUUGUGACUGGGAGCUAUGCGGUGGCGUUGAUGCGGAGUUAGAAGAGAAGGAUGUGGUUGUUUUCAUCUCCACAUUACACGGUGGUUAGUCCAACCAUUAGGGUUACCGAAAUCACAACUAGUAUUAUGUUGCCAAAUGCAUCUUGUACCAUCAGAAACAGAUCCCACUAUACAUGCACCAUAAAUUUCUGGAGAGAAUGGAUUGUGGACUGUGGAGAAAAUCUGCUGACGUUGAUAUUGCCAAUCUCUGUACUGCAAUACAUUUGUCAGUUAUGAAUACCACCGAUUUGCACUA